GCCACGCUUUCCCCUCCUAGACAGCAGCCUGAAUUCGGCUUCUUUUCUAACAUUCGGAGGUUCAGGCGUCCCUCUGUUGGGGGAGGAACGAAAUUCGUAUUUAUUUCUAAUUUUUUAUUCAUAAUCGCUCUCACGGAAGAAGAAAGGGUCUCAUAGUGCUCUUUGUAGUCCAGAGGAAAUUCAUACUUAAGUUCAGCGGUAACUUUCCACGUUUUGAAGCCCACAUUAUCAGUUUUGAGUGGGUCGCUCUUUCUUUUCUUUACGCGCUCUUACAAAUAAGUGUUCUUUUGUGGUAUUUAUUUGACGUUUGAAAGGGACAACCAUUUGCCUCUAUCAAAGUUGUGGCAGCUGUCUAGUGUCGUGCUACUACCCCCACGGAUUAAGUCGCCACAGCCAGGGAUGGAGAAACUCUAUCGUUAGCUUCACACAAGAGAGAAGUGUGUGUAUGUGUGGCGGAGCGGGUCUCCCCGGUGUUCGGCCUUCAGUGAGCUGGAUAUACCGCCACAAUGGGUUGCGGCUUACGGAAACUGGAGGACCCGGAGGACAGCAGCCCAGGAAAAAUUUACUCCACUUUAAAACGACCGCAAGUGGAGACUAAAACUGACACAGUUUACGAGUAUGUAUUGCUGGACUUCAGUUUAGAAGGCAGUCGUCCCACGGUGCAGUACUUGUCCUCCCUGUGUGAGCUGCCCCAGGCCCUGCUGCCCUACUACACCCAGGGCUACGUGCUGGCUGCGCUCCACCCCAUCAUCCUCUCCGUGGGCCGCUCCAGGGCCCUGCCCCUCAGCCUGCUGUACAGAGCCAUCAUGACGCGGCCCAGACCAAGUAAGCAUGCGAUGCCCAUGUGCCACAGUGUGCCUGUGUUGAGGGUGGAGGAGUGGCCUCUGCCUGGAGACGUCUUGACCGGCGACACUGUCAGAGCUCUCAUCGACAGGGUGAACAGCAGUGCCAGAGGAGGGGUGCGAUUCGUGGCCUCGGUGAUCCAGCAGUCUGGAGGGGGCAGUGGGAGCCGGAUGUCCAGCCCCACGAGGGGAUGCCGCUCCCCGCCCAGGAGCCCCCCACGCACCCCACCUGGGGAGAGGGACCUGGAGAACGGAGGCUACAGUCCAGAUCUGAGGCUCAUGGUGCUGUUCCACUCCUGGGCCGCUGGCUGUACCCCGCUGGACGCCCAGGGAUGCUGUUACCACCAGGGGGCGCUCUCCAUGCGCGUGUCCAGGAAGGGCCAGGUGGUCAGCGCCCUGGAAGCUGACUGGCUGGAGCUGACCGCUGCCUACUACCGCAAGGGCUGGUCAUUGGUCGACUCGUUUGUGUACUGGGACACGCCCAAAGGUGAGCCUGUUCCGCGGUCCCUAGAAGGGCUAUUCAUAUACGAGGAACGCAGCAUGACCGCUCCAGCCAACGACACCAUCGUGGUGGAGCAGUGGACGGUGAUCGAGGGGUCGAGUGUGAAGACCGACUACGGCCCGCUGCUUCACACGCUGGCUGAGUUUGGCUGGCUGCUGACCUGUGUGCUGCCUACGCCUAUUAUACGCCAUGACAGCGAUGGGAAUUUGGCCACAAAGCAGGUUGUGUUCCUGCAAAGGCCAGUGAAGGGUCCCUCGGCACAGCACCAGAACCAGGCUGCGUCCGGGCAUAGCGAGGUGUCCAGUCGGUCCGUGAGUCGUGGCGUGAGUAGCCCUCAGAUGGAAGAGCUGUCGCCGUGUUCGGGGGGCAUCGGCGGCUUCCCGGUGUUCGGAGGCGGCUACUCCAGCGCCCUCUCUCACCUGGAGGAGGGCGGCUUUGAACAAGACGAUGGAGCGGCCGAAGUCACCUGUAUGUGACCCCCCCCCCCCCCCCCCACAGCCCCCCUUGCCACUCAUGACCCCCAAUGAUGGCACCAGAUGCCCAGUUCCGGCUGAUUUCUACCCUCUUGCUAGUCUGAUGACCCUUGACCCUAAAAGACUUGACUGGUUGAAUGCAGAAGGACACUUGUAGACUGUGCCGUUCGGCCAUGUUUUAUUUUGCAAGCCAGCGUGCAGUGAAACGCCACAAAGGGAGUGGAGUACAGUACGUACCGCCCCCGAUAAAGAAAUUGGGAUUUGUCAAAUGUGAGGUUCCUUAAAAACCCUCCCAGCCAAGAGCGUAUUUUAGAAUCACUUCUAGCACUUUUAAUUUCAAAGCCAUACUUACCAUUAGAAGUAUUUAUACAUUUUCGUGGUCAUCUCAGUGAGUUUCUUUUAUUUUUGUAGGAAAGGCCAGCAUAACUAAAGAUGGAGAAAAAAAGAAAACAAAGCACAUACACAAUUGUUUAAUUUUAGCACUACAGUUUCACUCAGUUAAAAGCAUUAGCAUGCAUUAUCACUUGUCGGAGUAAAAGCAGGUGUCCAUUGGAAGCCAAGCCGAAAAUCUUACACAGAUACAACUUUGUUUUCCGGACAACACACCGGUGGUGGGAUGCAUCUUAAGAGUUUUAAUUCCGUCCCUUUACCCAGCAUCUUCCUGUUUAUGUGUUCAUGUCACCUUUUAUAUUGACGUUCUCCACCACGUUGGUUUGUUUGGUUCAGUAAUGUACUUCACAAAACAGCCUGCUUCUGACACACACACAUACACACACACACACACACACACACACACACACACACACAGAGAGAGAGAGAGAGACAGAGACAGAGUAAAACAAAGGAAAAGCUGAUUUUUUUUUUUUCAUAUCCUGUCAGCAGUUACAGGCAGGAUGUAAACAUUUAUCAGGUGUGUAAAUCCUAAGGUGCUCCUGACGGUACUGAGUGUGUCCAGACCUCACAGUCAUAACACUAAACACAACCAUCUCCUUUUGAAACACUCAACACUCAAGCUUCGACCGGGGAUUCACAGUUCCUGCCAGGAGGUGUGUGUGUGUGUGGGUGGCUGUUGGGUUUGUGUGUUUUCUUUUACAUCUUCAGAUAUGUAAUGGAUGGUGGGACCAAGACUGAAACUACUGUAAUUGUGGCAAACAAUUAAAAUGUUUGCAGUGGCAAAGCUACACUAGCCAUAAAAGACGAAUGGUGCUCUAUUAUUAGCCAAUCACAACGGCAUUACCCUCAGCUUCAGUACGUGUUGUUCUGGCAUCAUCUUGAAAGUGUAAGGUACCACUAUAAACUGCUCAUUGUUAUAGUGACAGCAGCUGCUGUUUUUUGUCAAUGAUCUACUUUCGUUAGGGAUGUGACAUAUCAUACCAUGCCGGGAGUUCUUUAUUUUGUCACAUAUCACACAUAAAUUGUGGAAAAUAGCUCCUAUGAGAUUUUUUUUUUUUUUUUUCCAUCUAAAGCAUUCUGACUUUAUGGUUAUAUAUGAUGAGCGGGCUAUAUGAGUGGAUGAAACAAUUUCAAAUUACCUUCUCCUUUAGUCAUAUAUAGUGUCCUGUACGUUCAGGCAAAUCCACCUCUGUAAGUGUUGCUUUUGACCUUUGACCUUUUUGUUUAUAAAAAAAUGCUUAUACUAGAACCUCAUGCUGCUGUAUGACAAGUAACCCAUGAAAAUAUUUUAAGUCUUGUUUUAUAUUGACAGAUUUUUUUUAAGACGGUGAAUGCCAUCAGAAACAGUAUUACCAACCUGCUGCAGUAUUUCAAUAUCGAUAUUGUAAUUUCUGUAGGUGUUUAUAUAAUUAAACUAGGUAUUUCCCA